AUGGCCGUCGCCGCCAUCAACGACCCCUUCCCAGCAGGGGAGCCAAGCUCACGACUACACGUCGUGCGCAAACCGUCCAUUCGCGUGCGGCAGGCCGUGCGUGACAACAAUGUGCCCCUCCUCCAGCGUCUCCAGCACCGUUUCGACCUCCGGAACACGGACCGCAUGCGGCUCACCAGCCUCGCAUGGGCAGCCAUCGAGGGCAACCUAGAAGUGUUUGAGUGGCUCCUCCUUGACUAUGGCCAUGACGACCAGGAGCUCAGCAGGGACGCAGAGCACAAUACCAUCUUCCACCUGCUUGCUGCGGCGCCUGCACCGCCCUCCAUCUCGCCUGCUGCCCACCUCCUCACCUCGUCUCCCGAGUUCCCGCCUCGACCACCCACGAGGGUGCCCGACGACAUGGUGGAUAUCUGUCUCCGGAUGACAGAGGUGUACUACACGCUCUUUCCCUUUUUGAUCGACUGGAGCAACACGGACGGCAAGACGGCACUCCACUAUGCCGCGCAAGCCGACAACGCAAUGUUCAUUGCGACGUUGUGCGACUUUGGCGCCGACGUGGACCUGGCGGAUUUGCAGGGCAACACACCUUUGCACUAUGCCAGCGCAUGGGGUAACAUUGCCUGUGCGCGUGUCCUGCUUGAACGCGGCGCGACAAUCAGCCUACGAAACUUUGAAGGGUUCACGUCGGUCGAUUUUUCAUAUUCGAACCAAAUGCGCGCGGCGCUGGACGCUAUCGCGCGCGAAGUGCUGGAGAACCGCCGUGCGAGGAGAAAGGAGGAACGCGCAAGGGAGAAAGAAGAGCGCGAGAGGGAAAGGCAAGAGCGUGAGCAGCUCGAGCGCUGGGACGAUGGUUCCUCGCUGUCGGGCGCGAGCGCCGUCGGUGCCGCGUUCCGACACCGUUCAGGAUCGCAGUCCAGUUCGGCGAGCCGUCUCUCCGCACACAGCAGCAGCGCGCACUCUGCCCACCCGGACUACAGCAGGGGGGACGAGUAUCGGCCACCCAUGCCCCCUCUCCCGCCAGAUGUGCUUCAGGCUGCCGCUGCCGCCACCAAUGCGCGCAACGAGAGGCGCGAAAGGGGCUCGUUUGCCUCGCGGCCUGGUAGCCCCACACCCAUGGCCAACAGGACCAACACCGACGCAGUGCCCACGCUCACCCUGUCACCCAUCCCGACCCCGACACCGACUCCUAGCCGUAACCACCGCUCCAAUCCGCCCACGCCGUUGCGCUUGCCAGCCAUCAACCCAGCGGCCGGCGGACAGGGGACUUACACCCCUAGCUCCACUGCCUCGUCGCCGAACCCGUUCACUCGCGAUGGCGCCAUACCAAUGCGUAGGGGCGCGUCAAACCAGUCCCAGCAGUCGCAAUCGCACCUCACCCACGCCCUCUAG